AAAUGAAGAUGUAGCAUUGCGAAUGAACAUAUCACGAAAAAACAUUGGUUAGUUCUGACAUAAAGUAACACUUACGAUGGCUUUGGUGUCGCAAAUUGGAUUCGCACACUUCACUCCACCUUCAUCUCUAUCUCCACCUUCCAUCACCCAUUUCCGCCACAACCCUUGUUCAUCAAUGUCUUCUUCUUCUUCUUGGACACCAUCUCAGGACAACAAGGAUGGAAAAAAAUCAAAGAAAGUAUGGAUAUGGACCAACAACAAGCAGGUUAUGACUACAGCUGUUGAGAGAGGAUGGAACACUUUCAUUUUCCCAUCAAACCUUCCUCAACUCGCCAAUGAUUGGUCAUCCAUUGCAGUAAUCUGUCCUCUUUUUCUUGGCGAGGGAGAGAUUUUGGAUGCACAGAAUAAAAGGGUAGCCACAGUUUUCGAUGUUUCGACGCCAGAGGAAUUAGAGGGACUUAGACCGGAGGAUGAACAUGCAGAGAACAUUGUAGUUAACUUACUAGAUUGGCAGGUAAUACCUGCAGAAAAUAUAAUUGCUGCAUUUCAAAACAGCCAAAAGACUGUGUUUGCUGUAUCCGAUAAUACGUCCGAAGCUCAGAUAUUUCUUGAGGCUCUCGAACACGGUUUAGAUGGCAUAGUUUUGAAAGUAGAAGAUGUUGAGCCUGUUCUUGAGCUAAAGGAAUAUUUCGACCGGAGAACAGAAGAAAACAAUGUAUUGAACUUGACCAAAGCCACUGUGACAAACAUUCAAGUGGCGGGAAUGGGGGAUCGCGUUUGUGUUGAUCUCUGCAGUCUCAUGAGGCCCGGUGAAGGACUUCUCGUUGGAUCUUUUGCUAGAGGAUUGUUUCUUGUUCAUUCAGAAUGCUUGGAGUCAAAUUACAUUGCAAGCAGACCUUUUCGAGUGAACGCGGGACCAGUACAUGCCUAUGUCGCUGUUCCAGGAGGAAGAACGAGCUACCUGUCAGAGUUAAAAUCAGGAAAAGAAGUGAUUGUGGUCGAUCAACAAGGUCGACAAAGAAUUGCAAUUGUCGGGCGUGUGAAGAUUGAAAGCAGACCACUAAUCCUUGUGGAGGCAAAGACAGAAUCAGACAAUCAAACAAUCAGCAUACUUCUGCAGAAUGCAGAAACUGUUGCAUUGGUUUGUCCCCUACAAGGAAAUAAACAGUUAAAAUCGGCUGUUCCAGUGACAUCGCUAAAAGUCGGAGAUGAAGUUCUGUUGAGAAUACAAGGAGGGGCUCGACAUACCGGAAUAGAGAUUCAAGAAUUUAUAGUUGAGAAAUGAACAAGUAGUAAUAAUGUAUAUUCAAAUUGUAAUUUUCAUUCAAUUUUGUGUGCUCAUCUUCUCCUUUUCUUCCAGCUUUGAUAUGAGAUAUGGAAAAGAGCAGCUUAUACUUGGCAGCCACAGAUAUGAGACCAAAGCUUAGCAUUAUUUUCAUAUAUUUAACUAUAGAGAUUUUUUAA